GCGACUUUUGAUGUCACAUCGCAGUAUACUGUGGCGCGGCUUGCACAGAGAAAGGCUGUCAUGGCCGAUGUGGACGCGUCUGCGGGAUCGCCUGCCGUUAAUGACUGCAGCAUCGAGCUGGACUGCAUAGCUCAGCCACCGUCAUUGUUGGAAAGUGUUCCCGACGUGCAGAUUAUUACUGCAGAUGGAGUUGAAAUUAAAGUGGAGCAAAUUGAACAUGGCCGCAGCGAAGGAGUUGAUUCGGGUGCCAACCGCGAAUCCACCGUUCCUCGUAGUGUGUCCAAAGAACCAAAUCCCGGAGUUGGUACGGAAAUCAAGGUCGAGGAGGAGUACAUGGAGGUUAAAGUGUGCGAGGUUGGAGAGAGCAGUGAAGACGGGACCCUUUGCAAGCAAGAGGGCGCCAGUAAUGACGAGAACAACAGUGGAAUGAGAACUUGGCACUUCAAGGACUGUGAAUCAGACUUUGAGGAAAAGUAUGAGAUUGUCAGUUCUCAUGAUGGCUCACAAUUAGAUGAUUCUUCUGGUGAAUAUAAUUAUACAAUGAUUAACAGGAUGGGGAAGAAGUCAUUGACUUGUGGCAUUUGUGGAAAGUUUUUCUCUGGCAAUAGAGGAUUUUAUGGGCACAUGCUCUCCCACAGAGCAAAACAUGUUAAAGCUGCUUAUGCAAAUAAUGAACGACCAUACAAAUGUGAUGAAUGUGGAAAAUCUUACCAGUCAUUUGGAUUUUUCCUCAGUCAUCAGCGCUCUCAUAUGAAUGCUAUGAAAUCAGUAUUUAACGAUUUGGCCCAGUUAAAAAAGAAAUCCUUUGAGUGCCUGUAUUGUGGGAGAAGCUAUUCUCGGGUAUCUGCUUUGGAAGCUCAUCAGCGAUGCCAUGCCGAUGUAAAGCUAUUCAAAGCACUUAACCCAGAAAAACAGAUGCAGACCAAGACUGAAAAAAGAUUUUCUUGUGAUGAAUGUGGAAAGCUAUAUUCUACUACUGCUGGCCUUAAUGCACACCGCAGAUACCAUUCUGAAAUUGAGCCAAAAGUUUUUAUCAGCAAAGAAAAGGAAAUGUUUAAGUGCCUGGAGUGUGGGAGACCUUUCUCUUCCAAAGCAGCCAUGAAAACCCAUGAGCGUUGGCACAGUUAUCGUAAGGGUUUAAAAAGUGGAACAGAGGACAAUCUGAGUGAAGCUAAAAAAGAAAAACCUUUCAAGUGUACUGAAUGUGAGAAGAGCUACUACUUGGUGACCUGUCUUGAAAAUCAUUAUCGAAUGAUGCAUGCUGACAUCACACCUUCAAAAUCCUUUCUUCAUCAAGUGGGUCAAUUAGAGAAGAAAUCAUUUGAAUGUCCCAUUUGUGGGAAACGUUUCACGCGGGCCACAGCUCUUCAGUCUCACCAGAGGAACCACUCCAGCUGGGAAUUGUAUGGUUUUGCUGAAGAAGACUUGGAAAACUCAUCUGAAGAGGAGGUUAUAGAGAAGAAAGACCGCACCUUUGUUGCCAGGCUGGUAAUCCCCAAAGGUGUAAACCAAGAGGUUACCACAAAUGAACCUGUGAUUGACUCUCCGCCUUCAGAAGUUCAUUCACGUCCCAUGGAAAGAAAAAAACGCUUUAAGUGCCUUGAUUGUAGAAAAACUUUUGUCAGUAGGUUAGCACUGCAAGUUCAUCGCUAUUGGCACACUUGGAGACUGAGGCCUCUAAAAUCAUCUGACACUACUCUUGUUGACUCCAAGAAACCAUUUCAGUGCAGUGAAUGUGGCAAAGGUUAUUAUUUUCUGCAGUCUUUCCGCAGUCAUAUCCAAAAGCACAUAAAUGGGAAGUCAUUGAUGCCUUUUUUGUUUCAGUAUGAGAGAGCUCAAGAGAAUUCUUCUGAAUGUGCAGAAUGUGGAAAACGUUUUUGUAAAGCUUCUACAUUGCAAUUGCAUAGACAGCUUCAUGCAAAGAAACUUGUCUGUGAUGUGAGAAGAAACCACUGCAAUUGUAACAAAUGUGGAAAAUGUUAUAAUUCUGUGGAGGCUUUCUCUCAACACCAAAAGUCUCACUCUUCUGAUGGAAUUUCUGAAACUCAUGAAAACCACAGCAAAAUUACUCAGGUGGAUCUGGAUACCAAUAACAUGGUGUUGGGUGAUAAGCCAUACCCUUGUAGGGUUUGUGGUAAGGCAUACUGGACAUUUGGGGCAUUGUAUCGUCACAAACGCUGCCAUGUGAAACAGAGACCUCUGGCUUUCUUCAAUUACUUCAAGUGGCGGAUAUUCAAGGCCAAUAUGUGCCCUUGUCCUCAUUGUGGCAAAAGCUUUAGUCUGCCUGCUGUACGUGAAUGCCAUAUCCAGUUGCACAAAAAUGAGAGUAAUGGUAAGCCGCUCAACUCAAAGAAACUCUACAGCUGUACAGUUUGUGGAAAAACAUAUACCUUCUAUAAGUGCUUCAAGACACAUGAACUACUGUUUCAUAAGUCUCUAAAGUCAACAGAAUUAUGCCACCAGACCCCAGUUUUGGAGCGGUCAUAUGAAUGUUCAAAAUGUGGAAAAAAUUUCCGUCAUGCAUCUUCCCUAAGCUCUCACAUGCUGAGCCACCUUGAAGCAAAUCUUGAAAAUUUGUAUCAGUGUCCUGACUGCAAGAAGAUGUUCAAUAGUCGAAUGGCAGUUCGUUCACAUCGUCAGUGGCAUAAAAGAUCUGCUAAACUUUUAGUAGAUUGUAAGCAGCCAGUUUCAUUAUCGGAAUCUUCAAGUUUUCAUAAUACCAUUGGACCUUUAAUAUCUCCUUCAGCUUUAGCUACCAAUACUGUAAGCCAUGUUUCAAGUGAAGGGAAAGUACAGUCCUCUGAACAACUGCCCAGUAUUGUUAAGCUGAAACAGCCUGUUAAUCAGGAUAAUACAACUCAACCUUUCAAGAGUUUUACAAUUAAAAUUCCGUUUUCACAUUACCUAUUUAAGGAAUCUGUUUUAAAGGACUGUAGCAAAUUUGAUAAAGAUCUUUCAGAGCCCGUUUCCAGGUGCCUUGAUUGUGGAAAUUGUGUUGGGGAAUGCUCUGAGUUCUGUUCCCAUGGACCUAUGAAUCAAAAAAGAGAAUUAAAUGAGUCCACCAUAGCAGAUGUACAUAGAAACAUGGAAAAAACUGCUGUUGAUAGUGGCCCAUAUAAGUGUAUCGUGUGUGGCGAGGGUUUCUUCUUUGUCUAUGCACUUCAGAAACAUGAACUUCUUCACAAAGAGGCUGUAUUAAAACUACCCAACCAUGAAGCUAUAUCAUCUAAAGAGGUGGUUUCAAGUAGUUUUCAAAAUGAACCAGCCCAGGGAAGUUCUCUUCGUAAGCUGUAUCACUGCCCUGAUUGUGAAAAAACAUACUCCUCUAGAGGGGCCCUUUAUAACCACAGGAAGACCCAUGGAAAUGUAGGCAGUGUAAAACUAUUAGGUAAGCAGGCUGAAACUGUAGGCAAGGAUUCUUCCAGUUCUCAAAAUCAGUCUGAAAGUUUAAACAAGUCUUCCUGUUUUCGAAAUGGUAACUGUUCUGAGACACCUUCAAUGUUGUACAUGUGCUUGACUUGUAAAGCCAGUUUCCGCUCACCUUUGGAUCUUAACAACCACAUAAAACUUCAUUUUGGUGAAAAAGGGGAUACCGAUGAAAAACUGAAGCCUGAUGAGGUAAUGCAUCCCAAGCAAUGUCCAAUCAAAUGUUACAAGUGUGGAAUGUCCUUUACCAGUCUUCAUAAGCUGAAACUUCACAGGAGUCAAGCAAGAAGCAAACCUUACUGCUGCUUAAUAUGCUGCCGUGCAUACAAUAGUGAGAGUAGUCUCCAGAGACACAUUCCGAGACACAGCUUAAAGCGACCCCAUGUGUGCAAAUAUUGCAACAUGCGCUUCAGAGUUCCUGCAGAGUUGAGUUACCAUGUCAACACCCACACUGGGGAGAAGCCGUUUAGUUGCAUGCUCUGUAGUAUGACAUUCUCACAUAGAGGAAAUCUUUGUACACAUUUGAAAAAAGUUCAUGGCAAUGUACCAUCCAAGAAGGUGAAAACCUCUCUGGCAAAUUCUGCAAACAUCCUCAAUUGCUACAGGUGUGGUCUAUGUAAGAAAGUCUUCCGCUACCCCUCAGACCUUACUCGUCACAUGCUUAUACACACUGGGGAACGCCCUUUCAAGUGUAAAUCUUGUUUCAGAACAUUUAAACAGAAAAACAAACUGAAAUAUCAUGAAUAUACAUGUUCCAAGCCAAAUACCAGUGUUUGUGAAAAGGAGGUUAAAGUAAAUCAGUUUUCUUCACCGUUACCACCACCAACAGACACUACUGUUUUCUGUUGUACUGAGUGCAAGCAAACAUUCACCACAGAGCCGAGUCUUCACCAGCACUACAUUCGACAUGCAAGGGGAGAUCUCUGAUAUUGUCUUUGUUUCUGUCCUAACUGGCACCGGUUUCAUCCACUUCUACUCUUCUGCCACUCUUCUCAGAAAAUUUGCAUACUCAUUGCUUUCUUUUCAACAAGACACCAUUUAAAUGAACUCUCAUCUACUUUAGUGAUAGGUUUUUCUUUACAAAUGUUAUUUUUGAUUUCCUGAAGUAUUUCUAAGAAAGAUUUGCCUUAAAGAACACAAUUUUUGAAUCUUUUCACAUAACUAAAUAAUAAUUGUAAUGAAUGAAGUGACUGAAGAUUAUUAUUAAUUAGUUAUACAAGUUAUUUCAUUAGUAAAUUUCAAGAGGCAAAUUGCAUUAAUUGUUAAUAGAUUUUGCACAAGUCUGUGAUUUUCUGUGAUAGCUUGUCAUUUAAUUCAUGUCAAAAUGGAACAGAAAGCAGAGCCCAUCAGUUAUUUGGUUCAGUGUAUUGUUAAUUUAAAAUUUUUAUGUUUCAUUUUGGCCUUGAAGCAUUGAAAUGUGUUUAAAACUUGAGGAGGGAUUCUAAACUUUCUUUAGUCUAGAAUGUAACUACAAUAUUUUAGUCUUAAGCAUUGCUCUUCUAGCUUUAUUCCCCAGUCUAUGGCUUAUGGAUUGGCCACUUGCAUACCAUACCUGGCUUGAAAAUAGUUUGUUUCAAACUGCAUACAAAGCCAGAAGUUUUUUUUUUUUGUUUUUUACUGUAUUAGAUCUGCUGUAUCUAAUAUUACCACACAAUGGUGCAGUGUUUCAAGGCAAACUAUGCUUAAUAGUUUAAUUCCUUAAUCUUUCAGUCUGCAUGAACUUGGAGGUGGUGCUGGACCUCAGUAGCUACUUGAUACAAUGAGCUUACUAAUUAAAUUAAUUGAUCUAAGAAACUGUGUGUCUUACUAAAAUUUUGUAUGUAUGGCAAAUUUAAACACUAUAGUCUAAUAUUAAUGGUUUCAUUUAUUUGUGACUGAUUUUACUAUCUCUUGAAUCUUUAAAUGUGUUUCUAUGAGUAUUCAACAAUAUACAACUAGCAUUUGUAUACUGUAAAAUGUAGAAUAAGCAGAAUUUUGCAGAGUUUUUCUUACCAAAAAUAUGAAUUUUUAUUACAUUUUGAAAUAAACUUGAUUUGCCUUAGACAUACAUUUUCAAAGUACAUACAAGUUGAAACCAUUAUGAGGAAAAGAAUGACAAUAGUGAAUGCAUGUGGAAUGGGAACUGAAGGUUAUAAGAAAUUCUUGAGUUAUGCAUGCAGUUUUUUCUCAGGGUGUGAAUUGACAGCCAGCUUACAAUGGGCGACACCUUCUUGUCUGAACACACUGCAUAAAGCUUUAAAAGUUUAUUUCACGAUACCUUGGCUUUAAGAAUGUAUUAAAUUGUAAAAAUGUGUUGAAAAUGGCUUUACAUAUGCAAAUAUUACAUUUAAUGGUAUCUAUUGAUCUAAUAAAAUUAACCAAGGUUUAUGCUAUAAAUUUUCAGUUUACCAAAUGAACCGUUUUCCAUUUUAAACACUUCUUUGAAAAGUCGUACUGUUAACAUUUAGAUCUGCUAAAUGUGAUAUUUUAUUUGAAGGUUCUUGGAAUUGUAUAGAAAAUGGCACAAGACCCCUUUAUUCCCUUAUUUAUUUAACCACCCAUACAAUAAACCAGAUAGUAUGCCACAGGUUAGAUGGGGCCUACCCCAGCAGCUCUAAGAGAUGUAAAAUCAAAUGGGAAUCAUAGAUCAGAAAAGGAAGUAAAUGGUAACCGGUGUAUAAUAAUAUUUGGGUUUAAAUGUAUACAGUGCCUAUUUGUAUAACUGAGCACUAUCUGCAUUAAACAUUGCACUGGCGCUUCUAAAAACAAAUGGUCAGAGCAGGAAUGUGCUUUUAAAGUGAAGGGCUGCGGAAAGGGUUCAACUAAAACUGCUGUGCUGAAUGUGUUGGAGUUGUGGCAUCGCAAUACUUGGCUGGUUUGUGUUGAGUAGCUGUAUAUAUAUAUGUGUGUGUGUGUGUGUGUUUGGAAAAAAUGUUUUACUACCAUAAAGGACAUCUGAUUCAGAGGUGACUGUCUAUACCACUUCAUGAAAACUGGAAUCAGUUUAGAGAUUUCUAUGGAUCUACCUCAGAUAUACUUGUUACACACGUUUAACUUUCUCAUGUAAUUGUAUAGCAUCUUAGGGUGGGAGUGCAGACUGAAAUACUGUCAUUUACUGAUUGGGAGUUGCUCUGCUCUAAGAUUGAACUGCCCCUGUUGUCUGACGCUCCUUUUCCACAAGAGGUCAGAUUAGUGCCUCAAAUGAUUAUGUGACAAAUGAUUGUAAUGUAGUGGAUGUGUGAACAUUUUUUUUUUUUUUUUGGCUUAACGUUUCAAUAAUGAAGUAGAAAGGGGGGUUGGAGGGGAUGCUUUUAUACCUGACAGUGUUCAUUCCUCUGGGCCUUAUUUGUAUGCGUAGCUUAUUAUUCAUUGUUAGUUUAAACCAAUCCAACCCUGUAAUUUUUUUUGAAAUGCAUAUAUAUUAUAUCUACUUGUAUGUUUUGAAUUACCUAACUUUUAUUUAGAUUUUGUUUUCUUUAAAUGUCCUGUUUAGGUGCUUUUUCUUUAAAGAUUUCAGAGACCACUACUUAACUGCAUUUCAUUUUGAGUGUAAGCAAACUUUUUAACCAUUUAUUCACCAUUCCUUCCUAUUUUUAUCGACACAGAUCAAUAAAAUUCUAAACUUAAGCCACAGUCUUUAGACAUCCAUAAUAAAGCACAGAAUAAGUAUGUGAAA